AUGGUUGAAAAAAACGUCGUUCCUUUAGGUCGUGGUAAAGCAGGGGUUACGAAACCCGAUCUACGAAGGCUUGCCCGUAGGGGUGGGGUAAGAAGAAUUUCAGCUGGAACAUACGAAGAAGCAAGAACCGCAUUAAAAAAUUUUUUAUGCGAAGUUCUAAAAGACGCUGUCUCUUAUGUGGAAUACAGGGACAAAAAAACGGUUACUGUAUUUGAAAUGCUAUUAGCAUUAAAAAAACGCG